AUGGCAGACUCUGGGGUGAGCACCGUGACGCCCGAGGAGGAGACCAAGCCUGACUGGAAGACCCUGCAGAUCUUGCGAGACAUGGCUAGUCGCCUGCGCAUCCAUUCUAUCAGGGCUGCCUGCGCUUCGAGCUCCGGCCAUCCCACGUCCUCCAGUAGUGCUGCUGAGGUCAUGGCCGUGCUGUUCUUUCACAUCAUGAGGUAUAAACAGGAGGACCCGGAGAACCCAGAUAAUGACCGUUUCAUCCUCUCCAAGAGGCUGUCAUUUGUUGAUGUGGCAACCGGAUGGCUUGGGCAAGGACUGGGGGCUGCUUGUGGGAUGGCAUAUACUGGCAAGUACUUUGACAAAGCCAGCUACCGGGUGUUCUGCCUCUUGGGAGAUGGUGAGUCCUCAGAAGGCUCCGUCUGGGAAGCAUUGGCUUUUGCUUCCCACUACAAUCUGGAUAACCUUGUGGCCAUCUUCGACGUGAACCGCCUGGGCCACAGUGGUGCCUUGUCCAUUGAGCACUGCGUGGAUGUCUAUCAGAAGCGCUGCGAAGCCUUUGGGUGGAAUACUUACGUGGUGGACGGACGUGAUGUGGAGGUACUGUGCCAGGUGUUCUUGGAGGCAAGUCAAGUAAAGAACAAGCCCACUGCUGUAGUUGCCAAAACCUUCAAGGGCCGGGGCACUCCAAGUAUUGAAGAUGCAGAAAAUUGGCAUGGAAAGCCAGUGCCAAAAGAGCGAGCUGAUGCGAUUAUCAAACUAAUUGAGAGCCAGAUACAGACCAACGAGAAUCUUGACCCAAAACCCCCUGUUGAAGACUCACCUCAAAUCAACAUCCUAGAUAUAGAAAUGAUUUCUCUACCUGCUUACACAGUUGAUGAGAAGGUAGCUACUCGGAAAGCAUGUGGUUUGGCGCUGGCUAAACUGGGCCACGCAAACGAUAGAGUCAUUGUGCUGGAUGGUGACACCAAGAACUCCACCUUCGCAGACAUAUUCAAGAAGGAGCACCCUGAGCGCUUCAUUGAAUGUUUUCUUGCUGAGCAAAACAUGGUGAGCGUGGCACUGGGAUGUGCCACCCGUGGUCGGACUGUUGCUUUUGUCAGCACCUUCGCUGCCUUUUUGACCCGAGCAUUUGAUCAAAUCCGGAUGGGAGCCGUUUCUCAAACCAACAUCAACCUUGUUGGGUCCCACUGUGGAAUAUCUGUUGGUGAAGAUGGCGCCUCCCAGAUGGCCCUGGAGGAUCUGGCCAUGUUCCGAGCUGUUCCCAACUGCACUAUUUUCUAUCCAAGUGAUGCCAUCUCAACAGAACAUGCUGUUUUCCUGGCAGCCAAUAGCACGGGGAUAUGCUAUAUUCGGACCAGCCGACCAGAAACUGCAGUUAUUUACACCCAACAAGAAAGCUUUGAGAUCGGACGGGCCAAGGUCCUCCGCCACAGUGUCAAUGACAAAGUCACGGUUAUUGGAGCUGGAGUUACACUGCAUGAAGCCUUAGCAGCUGCCGAAGAUCUUUCCAAGCAAGAUAUUUCCAUCCGUGUCAUUGACCUGUUUACCAUUAAACCGCUGGAUACUGUCACCAUCAUGUCCAGUGCAAAAGCCACAGGUGGCCGUAUUAUCACAGUGGAGGAUCACUACUCAGAAGGUGGCAUUGGGGAGGCCGUCGCUGCAGCUGUCUCUAUGGAGCCUGACAUCUUGGUCCAUCAGCUGGCAGUGGCAGGAAUCCCUCGGAGUGGGAAGCCCAGUGAGCUGCUAGAUAUGUUUGGAAUCAGUGCGAAACACAUCAUAGUGGCUGUGAAAUGUAUGUUGAUGAACUAA